UUUCUACAGUGGGAACUUUAGUAUGUAAAGCUUCUGAUCCUAUCAUGGACUGCCUGGAAUAUUCUGAUGCUAAUGAGCUUUUUAGUGAGCUUGUAAAUGAUAUCAGUGGUGCCUGUGCCAUAGGACGAGAUGUUCAGGUUCAGCAGCAGCCAGUACAGGAGACCACAACAGCAAAUACAAAUGGUGACUCAGAUGCCUGGGUAUCAGUAUUUGUCCCUGUUGCUUCAUUACAGAAACACAUCACCAAGGCCAACCAGGUAGAUGUCAGUGAGGAUGAAGUGAUCAGAGAAGCUAGUCGAGAAAAGGUUCUGGAAAUGUAUGGAACCUCCAAGAUCGAAGCCAUACCCCUUUCCAACCAGACGGAUGGAAGAGAUCCGGUUCAAGAACAGAAUGGGACAGAACCAAGCCUGUUACCACAAGAUUCUGAACCCUCUUCUGGGAGGUUAUUUCUUCCUCCAACUCUUAAACGAUCAGAAAGACAUGCCAAUCCUGCAUUUAGAUGCCCUGAGUGUCUAGCAGGAUUCACUAGAGCAGACAACCUAAAGAGGCAUUUCAAAAUCCUUCACGAAGGAUCAGAAGCUUACGUCUGUCCGCAUUGCAACAAAUCUUUUGCGAGGAAAAACACAUUGCAGCGCCAUGUGGCGUCACAACAUACCAGAGAGAAGAAAUACGGCUGUGAUUAUUGUGAUAAAACAUUUAUUUACUCUUUUGAGGUACCAGUGCAUGUUCAGAACGUACAUAGUGACACCAAAGGUUAUGCCUGCACCAUGUGUGAUACCAAGUUCAAGUGGCCUCGCUCUCUAGAGAGGCAUUGUCUUGCUGUACACGAAGGUUUCAAAUUCAAGUGCACUGAGUGUGAUACCCUUCUUGGCAGUUUGGAUGCAUACAAGAAACAUGGAGCUCGCUUCCACCCCACCAUGAUAUUCGCCAACAAGGAAGCUCCGCUGACACGCGAUGGAGCCAUCACCAACAGCAAGGACUCUCAUAUAUGUCAAUACUGUCAUUCCGUAUUUGCCAUUAAAGCAAACCUUGAACGCCACAUAGAGAAAAUCCACUUUAACCACACAGGAGACAUUUUAGAGUGUGAGUGGUGCAGUAAUAAGUUCAGAUCCCGUGACACAUAUCAAAGACACGUUAAAAAGUUCCACGUGGCCCAGACAAUGGACGUUAUGGCCAUGGACAGUAGGACCAUGCUGGGUUCUUAUCAUGUUAACAAUAGUGAAAUGACAGAGAUAAGCUUGACAGAGCUGUUAUCACACACAGGUAAUGAUAGUGACCCUCUCCCUUUCCCUGGAGAUAUUCAGUCAUGUGACAUCUAACUUCAUUGGUGCCAGUACAAAUUGAAAACAUAUAUGUCUUUGGGCUCCAUUAAUUAUUUUGAUAUUAAAUAUCAAUUUGUACAAAGCGUCCUUUGUUUUUAUCAAUCACUGUGACCAGAAUAAUUUGGUGUUAAAUUACAAGAUGAUAAGUGGCUGCAAUUCUCUGAAAUAAUGAACAUUUCUGUCUUAUAAUGUUUCAUCUGCAAUUAUGAAACUAUAAUGCAAUUAAUGUAACCUCUGCUUUCAAUGAACUUGCAUAUCAUUUUUAUUGCAGUAUAUAUAUGACUUAAUUUUCUAAAAUUAAACUGUUUUGUUUAUAUUUAUAUCUGGCCAGAGAUCAUGACCUAUAUAAAGCCAUUUGUUUACAGCUUUACAGUAUUAAGUUAAAGUAUUUGUAUUGUACAGAACUGAAAUUGAGAUCUUAUUUCUAGACUGAUGAGAUUCA